ACUACAGUACCUACUACCUACUGGCUACUGCCUAGUGCUUAGUUUUCAAACCGUCUGGCGUUGUUUAUUUUUACGUUUUAUUAUUUUCAAAUAUAUUUUGGGAUCUUGUAAAACGUUUUUAUAAUUUAUUUUAUGUCAUAUCCGGCAUCACUAGAUGUGUGUUUACGUAUUACGUUAGUGAUUUUUGAGUUUUAGGUUUUGAAGUUUUUGUGCUUCAGUCAUGACAAAAGACAUAGAGGAAGAUUCGUCUAAGAAAAGAAGGAAGAUCGACACUGCAGAAACAAAUGGAAAGCAAACGGACUCGGUUAAAAACGAUGUCGAAACGGAUAACAAAACGUACCCUCUUACCAUUUAUCAUAAAGUGUCAGCUUUUGAACACAACGAGGCUUUAAGAAGGGAUUCGCAAAAAGAUUUAAAAAUUUACAGAGAGACGUGUUCAGAAUUUGCACUACUUAUAACAGAAAUAGCUGAUUUGAAGUUUAAAAAGCCGGAUGGGUGGGAAGAUCAAGUGGUUAAAAAGAAAAUCGACGCUGCCCUUUUAACCAUAAUUUUGAAAAAACUUAAUAGAAUAGAGAAAAUUCGUAAUAAGACGUCAAGGAAUAACGUGACAAAGGUCAGACAGCAAGUUGACGUGCUUCAUUUACAAUUACAGAACUUAUCCUCAGAAAUUCAAAAACUGCAGCAGGAAGUAGACAAAUGCUUACAAUUCAAGUCUAAACCUUUAGGGAUAGAUUUAGUACCGAUUGACGAAUUUUACAAAAAUGCACCAGAAAGUAUCUCGAGGAAGGAAAUCACACAAACGGAUGAGCAUCAACUCCAAUUGGCGAGAUUAGAAUGGGAAUUACAUCAAAGAAAAGAGCUUUCUUUGCUUUAUAACCAGCUUGUUGAAAGAAAAACAUCAAUAUCCAAACUAAUAGAGAGAAAAAUCAACGAUCUAGAUAGUUUAUCACCGCAUAUCAAAGAAGUUUUGAAUGUUACAAAGCCUUUACAAGAAAGGCUAGGUGUACAGACGUAUCGUUUUUCCACGACCAGUGAUAUUGCUUCAUAUUUACCCCAUGCUUUAUAUUUUCUGUAUGUUCAAGUUAUCGCAUACAGUGAAGCUUGUGAUAAAAAUAUCAUUGUUGACAUUGUUGGAGACAAAGAAAAAGCCAAGCUUAUGAAAACUAUAGAUGUAAACGCUGAAAAGGACUCUUCGAGCGAAGGAUCUGAAAAUGGUGAUGUCGGGAAGAGUCAAAAAAGGGAAAUGAAAGAACUAAAGCGGAAAAAACUAUUAGCAAAGCAUCCUUUGUCUGUCAAUUUAAAAAUGAAUUUAAAAGAUGGAACUAGUUUAACAUUAGAAUUUUUUUACUUGAUGAAGCUAAAAAUCGUAACAGUCCUGCCCAACGUGGUUCUUCAUACAAAAGUGAAAAGCUCUGCAGCCAGUUCAUUGUUGCAGAAUAAUAACAUUCUAAUGAAUUUAUUUUCCGGCGAUGUCGGAAUUGAAAGUCCCAAUGUCGCUAAUCACUAUCAGCUGAGAGAAGUCGGCCUAGAUAAUUUCGAUCAACGUAAAGUAGGUAUUCCGUACCUAUGGGCACAGAAAAUGGGCGGUCUCAAUUUUGGUACAUUUGGAGAUUCAGUAGGUGUGGAACCAGUACAGAAAAUAGCCAAAUUCAACUUACCGGUGAUUAUGAAAGAGAUCAGUAGGAGGAUAAAGUCUCGAGUGGCUCUGGUGAAACAAAUAUUGGAUCUUGAAAAUGGAACCAUAUUAGGACCGACUGAAAUGAGAUCUGUAAAAUUAUCCUGCACCUUAAAAAACUGGGAGACGUGUACGUGGAACGAUUUCAAACACCAUCCUGCGACGUCUCAUCUGAGCAGUUCAGAGCAUAUAUCCCAGUACGACAUAUUUUUCAAAAGCGUUAUAACAAGGGAACAAGCAAUUUUAACUAUGUUUGUAUCGGUGAAAAGCAACUACCCGAUCGCUCCUCCGAUAUUUUGUUUUCAAUUAGAGUGGAAUGAUAGAGUGUGGAAUUCUAGUAACAAUGCUGACUUGAGUAAUAUGGAGAAGGAAGUGAAUUUUUACUGGCGAGAACUUUUAACGGAAACAAACUGGGCUCAAUCGUUGCUCAUGUUUCAAGUGCACAGGGCCAUGGUGUGUUUAGACAUAACGCUGGAAUGUAUGUAUCCAGAUGAAUUUCGGUCAGAGAAAAAGACUUUCUUUCACCCUUCAAGAGGAAGAAACAGAGGCCGGCCUUAUAAAUAUGAAGCUAUUGGAGAAGGUGUCUUCGUUCAGCGAUAAAAACACAAUCGUAUUUUUAGAACUGAACAUAUUUCACAUAAAAUUUAUAUUGAUUGUAUCAGAAUUAAUUGAAAAUUGUUUUAUAUACAUUUUAUACAAAAACAUUUAAUAUUAAUGUUUGACAGGGCCCUGUAGACAUUUAUUUGAAAAAACCAUCUUUUGUCAUAUUUCGAUAUACUUUCUGUUUCAUAAUUUUCAUGUAAAUCAAUUAUGUAUUAAAUCAUACAAAUGACAUUUUCCGUUUGCCAUUUGUUCUGUAAUUUCUUUACAGCAGGUUUACAAAUAUAAAUUAUGUAAUCAUAUUGACCUGA